GUCAAAACGAACUAAUGACAGUUAUACGUGGAGUUCGUUUUUGAGGUUAUAAAUUAUAAAAAAUAAUAAUAAUUAAAUAAUGGAAGAUAAUACUAUAUUGGAAAGUAUUGAAAAUGAUGAUUUUUACAAAAAGUUCUUGCAAACCUCCGUCCGAUCAAAUCUUUUAACAACACUUUCGAUAACGGAACAAGUAAAGAAAUUAGGGGAUGGUAUCGAUGCUUUAAGUAAAGAAUUGAACGCGCAAGUUUUAGAGAAACAUAAUGAUUUAUUAAGGCAAGCAAAUCAUGCCACCAAACUACAAGAUAUUUUAAAUACGAUGAAUUUACACGUUCAAAACUUAUAUGCAAACGCAGAACGGCUCAAAUUACAAAUACAUGGUCCAUAUUCAGCGUUAGAAAAACAUACGAAAAUGUUAUCAAGGUUACAUUUAGCGAGUCAUAUUUUGCGCCAAGUUAAUCGAAUGCAACAAUUAAGCAAACGUCUUUCUAACACGAAUGAUCCAAUACAAAAAGCGACAAUUUUGCAAGAAUUGGAACAGUUAGCUGCUGAUCCGGAACUUUCAGACAUUGAUGCAAUCACUUUGGAGUUAAGAAAUAUUAAAGAACAACAUCAAAACAUUGUAAAAACAACAAAUACUAUGUUACAUCAAAGUGUUGUUAAUGAGAAUAUGAUACAGACGACAACUGCACUUCAAAUAUUUAUUAAUAUGGGAAUAAUAAAAACAGCAAUACAAAAUGCAAUCGAUAUUUCGUUAUCGGAAUGUCGAGAAAGUUUAAAAGCUUCGUUUGAUUUAAAUGUGAAUAUAACAGGAAAUUUGAAUAAGAAUAAAGUUGGACCGGGAAAAGCGAAUCUGUCAUCAUCUCAAGGGUUUCGAAGUCGUAUUUGGGUCGAUUUAGAGAAAGCGUUUUCAGAAGAGAUUUACAAACAAUGUCGACAAAUAAAAUUUUUAGAAACGACAUUGAAUAACAUGAACGUUAUUGUUGAGCAAAAUGAGAUUUCACCGGAUUUUUGGAACCAAUUAAGUAAAUGUAUAAAAGAGGAGAUUGAGAAUUCCAAUUCCGCCGUUCAACAAAUGCUAGAAGAUGAUUAUCCGAAAUUAUUAAAAUGUUAUUACGAAAUGACCUUGAAAUUAAAUUAUAAUAAUUUUAAAUUUGAUCGGAGUAUUUUUGAAAAAUGCGAAAACUCCUAUUUAUCAAGUUCAUUAAAUAGGAUCUUAGAACCAACGCAGAAUAUGUUUAAUAAUGAAUUAAACACUCCAAGUCAUGAUCAAAUUGAUUCAUUGAUACGAUUAAUCACGACCGAAUUAAGUGUAACGUUAGUUGAACACAAUUUAAAUGAAAAAAUCGCUAAAAACAUUUCGAAAUGCAUCAAAUUGUAUGGAGUUAAAACUGAGCAACAAAUUGUAACUGGUCCUGAAGCAGCCCAAGUUGUUGGCGGGGCUGUCAAUUCAGGACAACAACACAAUAUCCAAUUAGCAAACUCGAUGUAUUAUUUUCAAGUACAAAUACAAAGAAUUUUAUCAAACAUGAAAGAUAGUUUACCCAUUGAAAGUGUUGUGUCUAUAAACGAAACAUUAUCAAGCUUAGAUAAUUUAACUGGAUCAAUUUUAGAUCCGUUAAUUGAUUCAGUUAAACUAACAGUUGAAACAAUAAUAAUAACAAUCCACAUUGAAACAGAUUGGACAAAACUUCAAAUUCCACCAACUAAAUCAACUCAAUCUUGUAGCCCAUACAUGCGCGAACUUGUUCAAUUUAUAACACGAUCGUAUCAAACUUAUUUAAGCCCUUUUAGUAACAAGGAGUGUUUAACUCAAAAAUGCCAUUCGAUCGCAAUGAGAUGCAUAGAUUUACUCGUUAGACACACGUCGAUUUUACGACCUAUUUCCCAAGGGGGACGAUUACGACUUCAAGCAGAUUUUAAUCAUUUAGAACAAGCUUUAAAAGUGAUAUGUCCCCAUUUAUUCGAUUUGGGGCAUCCAUAUCGAUUAUUAAAAUCAAUGGCAACACUUAUAAUACAAUCACCAACUGAUAUAGUAGCAAGUCAAGAUUCAGGAAGUUCAAUUCCUCAUAGUACAGUAUUGUUUUUGUUGUUUUCUUAUGCUGGGAGUGAAUUGGCUAGCCCACAUCAAAAUACAGGGUGGACGAUACAGAAACUAUCGACGUGGUUGGAUGAGCACGUUUCGGAAUAUGAACGUUUAGAUUUAAUCGCCGGGGCUUUACAAAGAUACGUUACGUUAAUUAGGCAGAAAAACUCGAUUAAUUUUGAUCCUAUUUAUCCAAUUAUGUCAGAAUUUAUAGAAAAAGCUAUUAAAAGUUGUAAUUAAAUAAAGUUAUAACCAAAAUAAUACGAUUCCAAA